GCGACAAGUCUCCAGUCAGUCUCAGCUACAGCUUGGGUACGGGCGCUGCCACUCGCACACUCGCACAGCUGCCGUACGCAACUCAUACACAACUCACAUCUCGCCAUGGGCCUGGUCUCCAAGUUGAGGAUUGGCCUCAAGAUCUUCGAGCUUGCGCUGGCGUGCGCGUGCAUUGGCACAUUCACCGAAACUCAGCUACACACGGUGCUGGACGUGUACAUACUGGAGAUCACCACCUACAGCGGCUACGUCAUCAUCAUGAGCGGCUUCCUCAUCGGCUACAUGACCGGCGAGCGCAUACCUCCCAAGAUGGACCUGCUGCUAACGGCCGUGGGCGGCGUGCUGUUCGUGGUUUCGGGCAGCCUACGCAUCCACGGCACCACCUUCAAGCCUGACUACUACAGGCCCGAGAGCCUGUCCAACACCUGCGGUGCCCUCGCCAUCGUCAACGGCUUCUUCUUCGCCGCAGACGCGCUCGCUUGGUUCCGCGAUGUCAACGAGUAUAGCCCGCACUGAGCGCGCGCUCGUGCACACACACACACACACACACACACACACACACACACACACACACACACACACACUCCUUCCCUUCCUCCCCCCCCCCUCCUCCCCAGUCCUUCUUACUAGUAACUAUGUUACAAACUUCGAUCUAUGUUGUUGCAAAUAUACAAUAAAGAAAUGACAAUCUCUUGUAAUGCACCGCAAAGUUACUUUCUCUUUAUUUACUCACCAAUAUUCCAUACAAAAUUUUACAACUAGUGCACAAGCUGAUUCUCAAGAAACUAUUCUAAUUUGUACUUCAACAUUCAAAACCCAGAGAUAAAGAAGAACAUAGCGCUAUUUUAUGUAAUUUUGUCAAAUAAAAACAUGGUUAGAGAUCGUGGUUGUUUUAUGAAAUAAAUUGUUGAUGGUGUAUAGAAACCAGCCACAAA